AUUAUAUAUACUUACAAAAUUUCAAGAAUCUGUUAGUAUACGUUGGAAAAGAAGUAGAGAAGAAAGGUGGUGAACCACGUAAAUUUACGCCAUUGAAGGUGUUGUUUUUGUUUUGAGGAGGUGGAUAUUGGAUAAUCGAUAAGUAAAUGUGUCGAUUUGGCUCACUCAAGUCGACACUUUCUGAUUCGAUAAUGGAGUAUUAUUGAUUUUUGAAAAAAAUUUGUAUUAAUUUCAGUUUUUGAAUUUGUUUGAACGUUUUGAUAUUAUAAUCCAAAUAUAUAUAUAUACUGUAAAUAAUAAUUAGUAGAGAAUUAGUAAUUGAUUUCAAAAUAAAUUCAACAAUUCAGUUUGUAGUUGGCAACGUUUAAUUGUUCAUGUAAUCAGCUGCUCUGCUAGGCCAGCAACAGAAUUUUAUUCUGCAAAUUGUGAUUUUUCGUCGAUAUUUUUUUACUCUACUAUUUCUCUUUAUAUUAUUCAGUUAUGUUAUGAUAUUUACAAUCUUGGACUGUUAUAAUUAUUUCAUUUUUCAUCCUCAUCACUGACAACCAGACAUGGCAUCAAGUAGUAGAGGCGUAGAAGACCACCGCCGGAAAUGGGACCGCGGUCAGUACGAGCGGUUGGCGGCCGAGCGACUGCAAGAGGAGUUGGACUCCCUGGAGGCGGCCAAUCAGAAGCAGCCGCCCGUCAAACGCGAACUGCUGAAACAGCGCGAUUAUCGCGUCGACUUGGAGUCGCGGCUGGGAAAGAGCAUUGUCAUCACUAAGAACACGCCCUCAUCGCAGACUGGAGGAUAUUACUGCAACGUAUGCGAUUGUGUAGUGAAGGAUUCCAUCAAUUUCCUUGAUCACAUCAAUGGAAAGAAACAUCAACAGAACCUGGGCAUGUCCAUGAGGAUAGAGCGUUCUUCGUUGGAUCAGGUGAAAAGACGAUUUGAAUCAAACAAAAGAAAAAUGGAAGAUAAGAAGAAGGACUACGAUCUGGAAUUGAGGAUGAAAGAGUUGAAAGAGGAGGAAGAGAAAAUGAAAGAAUACAGAAGAGAAAAGAAGAAAGAGAAGAAAAGAAAAUACGACGAACAGGAAGAUGGAGACGAAGAUGGUAAACAACAACAGUCGGAAUUGGCAGCCAUUAUGGGGUUCUCAGGGUUUGGGGGAUCUAAAAAGAAGUGAAAUGUUUUCAAACUAAUUUUUUGCUUCAAUCAUUCAUUUUAUACAUCGUAGGCUAACGAAUUCUUUCACUAAAAUUAAUAUUACAAAUUUGUGACUCAAUUAUUUAUUCUGUCUUGUUAUGCUGGAAUUUUUGCAAAACGUUAUUUAGUAAGAUCCAUUUUUAAUUGUCAGCGUAGGUUGAGUGGGAGAUAUUUAUGUUGUCCAAAAAGAAAUACUGACACUGUGAAGUGAAAGUCGCUCUUGAAUAUAUAAUUUAGUUUAUGAUAAUGACUAUUUUAUUUAUUUUUAGACAAUAGAUACAAUGCAGAUAAAAACAACAGGCAUUCGCACAAAACUGCUUUAUUGUUAUAUAUUUUGUUGAAUAUUUACAUGGAAAUGGACUUAACCCAUAUAAUAUUUGGACGAUUUGAGACAAAAUUAGGAAGUAGUAGAAGUUUUGGGUGAUAGCCUGUUUUUUCUUUUCCGACUAUUGUAUUGUUUGCUCUAUCCAAUAAAUACAUUAUUUAAAUACUACUUCCCAACAAAUUCUGCUCUGCUGGACAGAAAAAGAUAACCAAUGAAUCUCUGUUAUGCUGGGUUGAAAAGAGAAUACCAUUGGUUCUUAUUGAAGGGUUCACAUUUGACAGACUAGAAAAGUGCGUGAACACUCUCAUAAGAACCAAUUGUUUUCUCUUUUCAGCCCAGCAAAUCAGAAAUUCAUUGGAAAUGAGGACUUUAGCGUUUGUUCAAUUAGUUAUAGCUUAUGAAAUUUACUCUAUGACGUUUUGCAAGAAUUCCUUUAUGUUCAUCAUGAUAUUGAAUACAGUUUGUAAAUAGUUGUAAUAGUGAUUUGAGUGCUGGUUUUUGAGAUUAAAUAGCUUAAAAUAGUU